AUGGGCGGCCGCUACCGGACAAUGACGUGCAGCAACCAGCCGCAGGACGGUCCAACCACGUGCUGCCUGGCAGAUCUGCCGCAGGAUGCCCUGCUGCUCGUGUUUGACGCCGUGGCUGACCCGCUCCACCCCGCGACCGCCUGCCACUUCAUGGCCUCUUGCAAAGCUGUGCUCGGUGCCGUCAGGGCUAGCGGUGACAGUUGCUCAAAGGCGGCCGGGCUUCCAAGUGCUCCAAGCGCACUCCAACUAUUUCGGCACUGGUCGGAGAGGGCGGCGGUGCUAUGCGAGGCAAACGGCACGACGCGGGCGCAGCUAAGAACGGCGACUGAGUUCUACCCACGUUCCCACCCAAGCGAGCGCUUUGGCCCUGCCGUUCGCGACGCGUUGUCUCUCUGCCAUCUGCUCGCCUGUGGCUCGCUCCGCGGGCUCCGCGACCUCGACCUGGGCGACAUGGAGUGGAGCCGCUUCGUCGCCAAGCUGCACGGCAGCAAGGACACCGUGGUCUUGCCCAUUCUCCACGCACUGGCCGGCGGGGCGCUGCCACAGUUGCGGCGGCUAAACCUCUACCGUUGCAGCCUCGGUGAUGGGUUCUUCAUGGCGCUCUCGGCGACGCUCGCGGCCAGCCCAAAGCGCGUUCUCCCCGCCCUAGAGACGCUCUACCUCGACGCCAACAACAUCACCAGCCAAGGUGCGUGCGCCCUGGCGGGUGCCCUGGCUAGAGGCGCGCUGCCGCAGCUGAAGGAGCUCUACCUGUGGAACAAUGACAUCGACGGCGCCGGCGUCGCCGCAUUGGCGAGGGUGGGGAGGGAGGGACGCUUGCAGGCGCUGGAGAAGCUCGAUCUCCAGGGCAACGACGGCAUCUCUGCCGCUAGCCAAGAAGUGCUGGCCGCGGCCGUGAGCGACGGCGCCUUCCCCUCUCUGCGGGAGUUGUGGCUUCCGGCGAAGGCCGAAUGCGAGCCCGAGCACGCGCGCAGCGUCGCAGCGUGCGAGGCGCGGAACGUGAAGGUCACGCUGUGCUUCUUCACGUACUGCGACGGCGAGUCGGAGCAGGACGGCAUGUCCGAGGACGAGCUGGAAGAGGAUGGGGACUAG